CGCCUUAGCCUACUCACUAGAAAGCUAGAAGGCAGCCACAGGAGGAAACUGGAAUGAGAAGAAAUAUCCAUGCUAGCUGGAACCGGGCAAGAAAUUCAGCAAAUUUGUCAAGCCAAUAUUAUUUCCCCCCCACCAAGGAGUGCUUCAAUCAGGCCGAGACCAGAAGGUGUGGCCUCCGGUGCACGUUUGCCCAGCUAGUCAAGGCCUUGGAUGGGGCCUGACGGGGGCCCUCUGCGGCUCUGAGCUUCUUCGGGGGAGCGAAACCGAGACAAGGAGCUUCAAAAAAUUCUACAGUUUUAAAAGUCAGGACAGUCUAAGGAAGAAGGGUAAUGCCAUGGCAGCUAUUCCAGCACCAUCACCAGCCACAGGGAAGCGGUGUUCCUCUGCUGCUGAAACAGCCAUGGAAUGGAAGGGAGAACUACCCUACAUUGACUGUAGCCCAUUUAGCUGGGGUGCUGACCAGUCCAUUUAUGAAGAAGAUGAGCACACCUACAUCACAAGAGGAUGCCAAUAUGGCCGUUAUAGGAGCUGUUAUCGCCGUGGUUUUUCUCACUCUCCUUUCAGUCUUCGUGCUAAUUGUUAUUUACCUGUACAAGAAUAAAGGCAGCUAUCACACUUAUGAACAACCUGAAGCAGAUCCAGAGGGAUCAGUCCAAAUGGAAGACUUCCCCUAUAAACAUGAAAAAGAAGAAUAUUUCAUAUAGAAGAUACCAGACUGCUGCCAUGUUUUGGACUGUCAUAUCUUAAAUAAACAAAGGUAUUAGGUUUGUCAUUCUUUUAAUCAAGGAAUUAAAGCUGUAUUAUUAAAUUUUGUUUGUAUACUUGUGGAGCUCAGGCUUAAAUAGAGCAGUGAAAUGGAAGUUACAAACCUUGACAGCAGCACACAGUCUGCCUAUUUAUGGACUGCAGUAAUGCAACCCUGAGAUAGGAAAACGUGAGAUUACAGUGCAGAGAUCUUGUGGUCAUCACUCUGUCCAAUUCUAAGUACUUAAAAUUAGAAUAGCCACACUAUUAGAGGAUCUACCACCUCUGAACCCCAGAUAAUUGGCUAUCUGGUAUAGGAAAGAAAAUGCCAGGGUGAGGAUUGACCUAAUUGUCAGCUAUUUUUACAUUUCUCCACCUGUACAGCAAAAAUAAAACCCAUGUCAAUCCAAAUGUA